GUGAAGAGAAACGGUUGGUGACGAAAAUAAAUAAAAAAAAGGCGUGAAGAGAAACAGAGAAUCUCUCUCCCUCCGCCCUAAUUUUCCUCAAAAGCAAAACCUAUCCUUUUAGAUAACAAAUCGACAGAGAUGGAUUCCGUAUUUAGAUCGGCGAGGGAGAAGCUCGAAAAAGAACACAGAGAGAGCAGGGAAACUGGGAAGCUGAAACUCGAACGAGAGAAGAAAGACAAGGAGGCUGCUGAAAGGCAACGCCAAGCCGUCGAAGCUUCUCAAAGAGCCAGAAGGCUUGAAGCCAUUGAAUCCCAGAUGAUGAAGGUUGAGGAUAACCUUCGUGAAGAAAAAGAAGAUGUCAUAGCUAGAAGAGGUGGAGAUUGUAUUAUACAAGCCAUACCUCCAUGGAUGAAGACGAAUAUGCCGCAAAGGAUAGCAAAAGAGAAAUAUGAGGAUGUUUUUGAAUGGGAUGAUGCAGAAGGUGCUGAGUGGGAAGUAGGAGACGCUCCUGGUACAGGAAGCUGUCAAAGGUUUACUUGGAAUGUGAGAGCACAAGAAGAAGAGAAGAAUAAAACAACGGCUGCUGGGAAGAAUACUGAAGGCAAAUAGAUUAAUCAUUGAUCAUAUAGAAUGAUGAUGAUGUGGUUUCAGUGCGGAUUAAGUUAUGGUUAUGUCAAGUGUGCUUCACUUCUAAAUUGUUUGGUCUCUGUGUCUUUCCAUCGUGUUUAUGCAGCAAGACUCGUCUUUUAUAAGAUAAAUAAUUUUCAACGUAA